AUGUCCAAACAGCAGAUGUGGGUAUACAGCUCGGAGUCGGAGGGGAUGGAGUUCCGAGAGGUGUCCUACGUCCCUGGUCUCUAUAAGAUCUUCGAUGAAAUUGUUGUCAACGCCGCCGAUAACAAACAGAAUGACAAGAACAUGGACGAAAUCCGUGUGACUAUUGACCGCGACUCUGGUAUAAUCAGCGUCUGGAAUAACGGUCGAGGUAUUCCGAUUGAAAUGCACGCCAAGGAAAAGAUCUACGUCCCUGAGCUGAUUUUCGGCCACUUACUCACAUCUUCAAACUAUGAUGAUAGUCAGCAGAAAAUCACGGGUGGGCGUAAUGGAUUUGGUGCCAAGCUCUGUAACGUCUUCUCCACCGAGUUCACUAUCGAAACCCAGGAUUCAAGUCAGAAGAAGAGAUACAAGCAGACGUGGACCGACAACAUGACGAAGAUGGGUAAAGCUAAGAUCACGGAUGCCAAGGGUGACGACUACACUAAAGUUACUUUCAAACCCGACUACGCGAAGUUCGGCAUGACGGGUAUGGACGAUGACUUCGAGGCCCUUGUAAAACGUCGAAUCUAUGACUUGGCUGGAACGGCAAAGGUAGCCGUGAAGCUGAAUGGUAGCCGCAUCCCCGUUCGCAACUUCAAGAAAUACAUGGAAAUGUACACCAAGGCCAUUCGCAAAGAGCGUGGAGAUGAAGGGCCCGCACCCAAGGACGAAAUCAUCACAUGUAGCCCUGACCCCCGGUGGGAGAUUGGUUUUGCAGUGUCUGAUGGUGCUUUCCAGCAAGUGUCAUUUGUCAACUCCAUUGCCACAACUUCGGGAGGCACCCACGUGAACUACAUUGCCGACCAGAUUUGUUACAAGCUGGCUGAGCAAGUCAAGAAGAAGAAUAAGAAUGGGGCUACUCUUAAGCCCGCACAAAUCCGCAAUCACAUCUUCAUCUUUGUGAACGCGCUUAUCGUUAAUCCCGCCUUCACCUCGCAAACCAAGGAGCAAUUGACGACCAAGCAGUCCCAAUUUGGCAGCAAGUGUGUGCUGGAAGACGAUUUCUACAAGAAGGUGUUGAAAACGGAAGUCAUGUCGAACAUUCUGCAUUUUGCUCAGCAAAAGGCGGACCAGUUGCUAAAGAAGUCCGAUGGGGGUCGCCGUUCGCGUAUGAACAAUCCGAAAUUGACCGACGCCAACAAAGCAGGCACUAAGGAAGGUCAUCAUUGCACUCUUAUCUUGACAGAAGGGGAUUCGGCCAAGGGUCUGGCAAUGGCUGGGCGUGCAGUUGUCGGUCCAGAUCUUUUUGGUGUCUUCCCACUUCGUGGAAAAUUGCUCAAUGUCCGUGAUGCUUCUUUCGACCAGAUAUCCAAGAAUCAGGAAAUCCAAAACAUUAAGAACUUCAUUGGAUUACAACAUAAGAAAGAAUAUACGGACACUCGCGGCCUUCGUUAUGGUCACCUCAUGAUUAUGACUGAUCAGGAUCACGAUGGUAGCCACAUCAAGGGACUGCUCAUUAACUUUCUUCAGGCCCAGUUCCCUAGUCUGUUGAAGAUUCCCGAGUUCCUUAUUGAGUUCAUCACUCCCAUUGUCAAGGUGUGGAAGGGUGACCCCAAGAACCCGACCAAGCAGCACUCCUUCUUUACCAUGCCCGAGUAUGAGGCAUUCAGGGAAGCCCACCAGAACGAACGCUGGGAGCACAAAUACUACAAGGGUUUGGGUACUAGCACCACCGAAGAUGCCCAGGUUUAUUUCCGUGACCUCGACCGCCACUUGAAGGAAUUUCACACCAUCCAGGACAACGAGGCCGGUUUGAUUGAGUUGGCCUUCUCCAAAAAGAAAGCCGAUGAGCGAAAGGAAUGGCUGCGGAGAUUUAAACCUGGCACAUUCUUGGAUCAUUCCGCGUCUAAAAUCACCUACACUGACUUUAUCAACAAAGAGCUUAUCCUCUUCAGUAUGGCUGAUAAUAUUCGCUCUAUUCCAUCUGUCGUUGAUGGUCUAAAGCCUGGUCAGCGGAAAGUCCUGUACGCUUGUUUCCGUCGCAAUCUGAAAAAGGACAUGAAAGUGGUUGAACUGGCAGGUCAUGUUUCGGGUAUGACAGCGUAUCAGCACGGCGAAGCUUCCUUGCAACAGACUAUUGUCGGUCUCGCACAAACUUUCGUCGGAUCUAACAACAUAAACUGCCUGGAGCCUAGUGGAAACUUUGGUAGUCGUCUUCAGGGUGGCUCUGACUGUGCCAGCGCACGUUAUAUCUACACUCGUUUGUCGCCAUUUGCUCGGCGUGUGUUCCAUAGCCAUGAUGACCCGCUUCUCUCGUACAAUGAGGACGAUGGCGAGAAGAUUGAGCCAGAAGUCUACAUGCCUGUCGUUCCUAUGAUCUUGAUCAACGGAGCAGAUGGUAUUGGUACUGGAUGGAGUUCCUCGAUCCCAAACUACAAUCCUGAGGAUGUUGUCGACAAUCUAAAGCGCAUGAUGGAUGGCGAGGAGGCCAAGCCCAUGCAGCCAUGGUUCCGCGGUUUCACUGGUGAAGUCACUAGCCUCGGCUCUGACCGUUACAAGUUCAGCGGUAUUAUCAAAGAAACCGGAGAGAAGGAGGUGGAAAUCACGGAAUUGCCUAUCCGGACUUGGACUCAGGAUUUCAAGGACAAGCUGGAGGAAAUAAUCAAGGCGGAGAAGACGCCUUCGUUCAUCAAGGAUUAUAAGGAUUACAACACACAUACCAAGGUGCACUUUGUUAUCCAGAUGGACGAAAAACAUACGAAGGCGGCCGUGUCCGAGGGCUUGGAGGAAAAGUUCAAGUUAUCCAAGACAAUUGCCACUACAAACUUGGUGGCCUUCGACCCGGAAGGCCGGAUCACUAAGUAUGCUACCGUGAACGACAUCCUCAAGGAAUUUUUCGCUGUUCGCCUCAAGUACUACGAGCGACGGAAGCAGUAUCAACUCUCCGAACUGCAAAAGGAGCUGGAGAAACUGACGAAUCAAGCCCGGUUCGUCCAGAUGAUCAUCGAUGGGGAAUUGGUUGUUUCCAAGAAAAAGAAGAACGUCCUUGUCACCGAGUUGAAGGAGAAAGGUUUCACGCCAUUCCCCAAGGUCAAAGACGCUGUCAAGGCGGGCGAAACCGAGUCCGUUCUCGAGGAAGAGGAAUCUGAAGGCGCAGAAGACACUGAAAUCCUGUCAAACUCCUAUGACUACCUUUUGGGUAUGGCCAUAUGGUCGCUGACGCAGGAGCGUGUGGAAAGGCUGCGUCGCCAGAUUGGUGACAAGGAGAUUGAGAUUGACGCACUGAUUAAGAUGUCCAAAGAAGAUAUCUGGAGGAGGGAUCUGGAUGACUUUAUCAACGAAUGGCGGUUCCAGAUUGACGACGAAGCUCGGCGGCAGCGGAAGGUGGCCAAUAUGGGCCGUCGCACGUCUGCGAAGCUUAUGACAUCUGGACGGGGAUUGGCUGUUAGGAAACGCAAAGCAGCCCUUGAUGAUGACCCCGAUGAUGAAGACUUUGCUGCUCCCAAGUCCAAGAAAACCACCGGGGCGAAGAAGAAGGCCGAACCGAAGGCGAGCCUUAUCAGUAGCUAUUUAAGCAAGCCGGUGGCCAAGCCCAAAUCCACUCCAUCCGACGAGGAUGGUUCAGAUGAUGAAUUCGAAAUGGAAGUACUCCCCAAGAAGAGUCGAGGCACUUCCAAGGCAGCAGAUCCCAAGCCAAAGGAUGAGGUUAAGGAUGAGGAUGAGGAUGUGGAUAUGGCUAAUUCAGAUAUUGAAGAAGUGGUGCCCAAAAAGCCCCGAGGAGGCUCCAAGUCUGACCCAAAGUUGAAGGAGGAGGAUAAGGACACGGCAGAUUCCGAUAUCGAAGAGGUCGUGCCAAAGAAGUCCCGAGCGGCCCCCAAGAGUGCUGCCAAAGCUGCGGGCGAUGGCGCGUCGAAAGAAGCUCCCAAGAGAGGUCGACCGGCCGGGAAAGCCAAGGCAAAGCCCAAGGACAAGGAUGAGGACGAACUAGACGAUGACGAUCUUCAAGAAAUUACCGCGCAGCCCUCCCUCGCAUCCACCCGGACCGGUCGUGGUCCCCCGUUGCACACCAUAAGUGAUUCCGACAGUGACAACGGUGACGACUUCUUGGGUGACGUCAGCAAUAUGGUCAAAGGUAUCGGGGGAAAGAAUAGCACGUCUACUUCCGAUUCGCGCCUGCUCUUCUCGGAGCGGUCCCGGCCGGGAAGCAGCUCCGGUCUGCAGUCCAGCUCCAGGACGUCCAAACUGUCGACCGAUUUUGAUGCCGACGAAACGGAUUAUAGCAAGCUGGUCCCGCAGCACUCCCCCCGUCGGUCGCUGCAUGUCAAGCCCAAGGACAAGGACACGAAGAUGUCAGACAAUACGGACAUGGAUGAGGAUGGCGAGCCCGUGAAGCCGGUGGCUAGCAAGGCGAAGUCGACCGCCAAGGGCAAGGCAGCAACGACCACAGCGGCCAAAUCAUCCACCGCGAAGACGCGGGGCCGUCCGAAGAAGGACGCCGCUACUGCUACUAAGGCUAGUGCUUCUGCCACCAAGCAAACGACCCUUUCCCCUGCAGCCAAGGCUUACGCAGCCAAACAAGCCAAGAAGGCCAGUAAGAAGAAGCAGCUGGCGGACGAUCUGUCGGAUGACGACAUUGAUGCCAUGGCCAAUGACAUCUUGGAUUCGCCCGCAGGAAAGAAGGACGACGAUUCGGAUGAGGAAGUGCGUCCCGCGGCACGGAAGACGGCCAGUCGGCCUGCGCGACGGACGGCAGCGGCGAAGAAGACGUACGUGAUUGAAGAUGACAGUGAGGAGGAUGGAGGUGGUGACUCGGGGGAUGAUUUUGACGAUGAUAGUGAGUAA